CAGUUAAAAACAGACAAAUCUGCACGUCCUUUAAACUCAAUGGUACAUUUUUUUUUUCAUCGCGACAGCAAGGCCAGGACGCAAAAUUUCCCAAAGAGGAAUUAGUCUAGAGAGAAUACGAAAUAUUAUCGAAGCGGUACAAUAGGAAUCAAUGAUCUGUGGCUGAAACGGUCGCUGCGUAAAUAACAAGCACUCUUCUGGCGGAUGCAAUUUAAGGCGCAGGUUGAAACUGUUGUUAUUCAGCCUCUGAGUUCAACUGAAGCAGUGUUAAAGCUCUCUAUUUCAACAAAGGAAGAUGUGGCUCGCACAUGUAUAUUUCGUAUUGUUCAUUUGUGCAAACUCGCUCGCAGUGGUAGGGCAGAAGCACAAUAUAUCACAGUCAGUAGAGUAUCGAUUAAGGAAUGUCCUCCUUUCUUCGUACGACAAAAUGGUACGUCCGGUGUUGAAGCCGUCAGAUGUUGUUGAAGUCAAAUUUGAUGUGCAGUUCUUGGCCCUCGCCGAAGUGGACAAUAAAGAACAAACUGUGACAACAGAUACAGUGAUCACGCAGGAAUGGAAUAAUCCUUACCUACGUUGGGAUCCUUUGAAUUAUGAAAACUUAACACGGAUACUUGUGGAUCCAAGAGAAGUUUGGGUACCUGAUAUAGUACUAGAAAACAAUGCCGACCUUGGGGUCGUUCAAGCGGGGCACGUGGAAAAAUUCCGAAGUUGGGUGCGUGUGAACAGCGGUGGUCAGAACACGUGGCUAUCUCCAGCAACGUUCAAAAGCAAGUGUGCGCUUAGUUUCAAAAACUUUCCCUUUGACAAACAGAAGUGCAGCCUGGUUUUUCGUUCAGUAACUGCUGAUCGUACCCUUUUGAACAUCGACACUACACCCAUCAAGAACGAUGAUCCUGAGAAAGAGCUUAAUCUUGCGGCAUCUAAUGGUUAUUGGUCUCUAAGAAGCUUUGAGAUCAAGAUAGAGGAUAAAAAGCAAUCACCGAUUUUCAGCAAAGUUGAAGUAUCAUUUCGUAUUGGACGUAAACCCCUGUUCUUUGUCCUUUUCACCAUCGUUCCUUGCAUGAUCAUUGGGCUGCUGGUUCUUGUGAGUUUCUUCAUUCCCACGGAGAGCGGCGGAAGGAUCGGACUGUGCUCAACGAUUCUGCUGUCAGUCAGUGUGUACCUACUCGUCGUCGUAAAUCAGCUUCCGGAACAGUCCGACGAGUUGCCCAUUAUUGGUGUUUACUACAUUGUGAUCAUGUUUGAGAUCGGUCUGGCGCUGACUGUCACAGUUGUUGUCAUGAUGGCUCAUCACGCGACUUCCGAGCCACCCAGGAUCUUGACCUGGAUAACAGUGUUUAACAGGAUUGGUUGCUGCCUAAGACACAAUAGAAGAAAACUUUACUUUGGCUCUACUCUCGGUGCAUCUCCUGAAGUUGGGGAAAGAAAAACAAACAUUGAAAUGGAGGAAACUGCUAAUGUUAAGCAAGAAAAGGUUGAUAAGCAGAGUUCAGCUGACACCCACGGGGAGGAAACACCACCCACCUCGGUUUCUAAAGAAGAAGUCGACAAGAAAACCUGGGAGGACAUCGCUCAAGCACUCGACCGUAUUUUCUUCUGGUUGUUUUUGGCGCUGGUUGUGUUUACUUCCAUUGCAAUCUACUCAUACGCAGGGAAGCUUUAAUCGCUCGGUCAACGUAAUUUCUAUCAGGCGUUAACUUUAAAUGCUGCUGAGUUUAGUCCACUCUGGUUAUUAUUUUUAUAUCAAUCACAUGUCUGAUUAGUUUAAGCAGUUUUUGUUUUUCGUUACCCUUAACGUUUCACAGAUGUAGAAUCUGAAAACCUCUGGUAAACCCUAUUGAUACAGGAAUUGGUUAGGUGAUGCAAAAACCUUUUCUUUUAAUACAUAACAGCUAAGUGUGUCAAGUGACUGUAAUCGAUUAAGGUGUUGUACCUUAUCGCGUUUGUGCAGGGAUUAUAUACCCUUUUUGUACUUUUCUGUAUCCGUGUGCGAACUAAUAAAUCUGAGUCUUUUCUUCGAGAAACUCUUGCGAAGAUUUGCUCAUAAGGCUUGACUAAUUUGCGUUCCAAAAAAUUCUGAAAAUUGCCAAAUUACUGGCGCACGCUAUUGUCAAAGUGAGAAAGGGCAGCGACCAUCGCUCUGAGCGAAAUUUUCAAUUUGGUCGUUUCGUACCCAGUUUGAGUAAGUUCAUACCCGAACCGCUGGUUGAUUCGUACCCGUCCCAAUAUUCAUUCUUUCAAAAUGCCUUGCGCGUGAGCGCAAGUGCAAGUGUCGAGUGUUGCUUAUGAUGUUAGUAGAGUCAAGCGAGUCUUACUUGUGUAUACUCAUGACUUCCUUAACAAUAACAACUAAAUUACUUCUUGGUGUAAGACAAGUGCCAUAUUUUAUAUAGAACAGGCUAGUUUAUAUAUUUGUGACUUUAUUGGCAAUAUCUGGGUCUGAUAGCUCAUUAGUGCCUCACGAAAGAUAAAUGUAAUUUUUUGUUAGAAGUAUAUUUGUCGGUAUUCGCGAUAGAAGACAAAUUCAGUUUCAUGAUUUCUAAAAAUUGAAACUGAUGAUGAAACAUUAGUUUGCAUUUUAACUUCAUUAAGGCUGGAAAAUAUAUAUCUAAGUUCGCAACUAAUUCAUUAAGCGAGUGCGCUAAAAACUGAGGUUUUGAUGAUAGAACUUGUAAGUUCAUUGAGAAUGGAAAAUAAAUAAAUAACUACUACAACUAAUUUACUUAAGGGAGUGCGCUCUUAACGGAUGUCGCAUGAGAAAACCAAGAGAAGAGAAAAUGUCGAGAGAGUACCUUUCCUCUUUCCCUUCAUUUUUCGUGUUGUCUUCCCAAAACCAAUAAUACCUAAUCCAACAGAGAUUAAAGAAUUG